AUGGGGCCAGAGAUGGAGGUGCGGGAGGUAAGAACCUGCUCCCAGCUCCAUCCAGAGAGAGCAAUCUCCCAGAGGGCAGAUACUUGGGGAAACCGCCCCAACUCCCCAACCUGCGCCUUGCGAACAACGUUAGGAGGUCAGAGAAGCGGGGCCCUGGACCUCGGAGCAGUGGGACAGCCGGGAGAAGAGGGAGACGUGGAGGGGAAGGGGCGACAAAAUAUGGAAACUUCUCAAGCCAGUCCUGCAACUUCUCCCGGCACAAGCGCACUUGAAGGUGAGGACGCGCAGCGGCCGGUAGGACUUGUGGCUGGUGUUCUCGGCCAUGCCCUUGCCCCAGAAGUCGUUGGAGAAGAUGCCCCAGUGCAGCGGGGCGCCGGGCCGCACGUCGGGGUUGUUCACGAUCGCCCACACGUCGUCGUGCACGAACUCGCCCCGCAGGGAGCGGCCGUAGCACAGGCAGCUCGCCCCGGCCAGCAGCGCCGCGGCCCCGGCCGGCGCGAGUCCGCAGCCCCGCCGCCGGGAGGGCGCGCGGUCCCCGCCGCCGCCUCGGGCGCAGCCUGUCACCACCAUCGUGCCGCCGCCGCCGCCGCCGCUGCCCUGGCCUCUCCCGGGCGUCUGGCAUCCUCCCCGGCCGGGGCCCCGGCGGCGCGCGGCGGCUGCCCGGAGGUGGGCUCGGGCAUGGUCGGCGGAGGCUGCGCCCGCCGCCGGCGCCCCGCGCUCCGCCGCCGCCUGCGCCGCGGAGUUGGCCCAGCUGCAGAUAAACAGCAGUCCCCCCACCUUCCCGGGCCAUCGCCACCUCCUCCGCCCCACUGCGCAUGCCCCGCUCGCGCUCGCCGCCACCCCCCGCCCCAACUCCCCGGACCCGCGCCGCCUUCUCCUCGCUCCCCGCACCCUCCGCCCGCGCCCCGGCUGCUCUGCGCUCAGCCCGCGGGCGCCGCGGCCCCGGGAGGCCACUAUCCGCGCGCAGGUGGCGCGGGGUCGCGGGGCGGGGCUGCGCGGAGCGGCGGGGAAGGGGCACCCGGGGUCCCGCCUGCUGUGCCCAAGAUGCUCUCAGACCCCCAGAUACCACCAGCGGGGCCGGGGGUGCUCCCUGGCGGGCACCUCCCGGCGCUGAGCCAGGACCGGCUAAGCAGGUGCGCAGCCCGAACCUCCGCCCGCCCUCCGGGAGCGAGACGUGGCUGCCGCUGCCGGGAAGUCCCCGGGCUUUCCAGCACCCCGGACGACGGCGGCGGCGGCGCCCGGGGCCACGCUCUCCCUUCGGGCUCCGCGCUCGCGUCGCGUUGCGUCGCCGUCGCCGCCUCCGCAGUCCCCUUCCCGAGCUUGUGUCCCCACCGCCCCGCGUCCCACGGUUGCGCCCUUGGGGGCAGGGGAUCGCGGAGAAGUGGAGCUGCCGAAGCACCUCUCCGAAAGCCGAGAGAGGGUCCCCCUACCUGGGGGCUUCCUGGCCGCCCCGCCCGCGGUUGGUUCAGAGGCGCCACCGGCUGUUUUCCUUUCCCGCCCAUUGCUCUGCGCGCCCUUAGAAGAAGUCACAGCAGUCGGGGCACUGGCGUCCCCGUCGGCGCAGCCCACAGUAGCACACGAGCCCCCAGCCCCUCCUGGCAGCCAGCGCACCGUCUCCAGAAAGCCAGAAGCAGCAGCGGUCCCCUCACAGAGGAGCUCGGGGUGGCCACCUCCCCGCUGCCUCCAGAAGCCCGGAGCAGUGGAUUCCCGGCGUCGCCGCAAGCGCCGUGGUCCUCGAUGCGGUCCUCGGCCGGGCUGCUCAUCCGCGUGAGUGGCACUGCGGAGCGGCGCUUAGCGCAGCACGGGAUGACCGGAGGGGUGGCGCACUGA